AUGGAAACGCGAUUGAUAUUUGGAAAAGCUUUGCAAUGCUGCUUCCCUGGCGAGGAGGCCCCGGAGCCCAGCGCCUGCUGCUCUGGCUUCUGCUGCUCUUUGCAGCCUGGCAGGCAGGGAGCGGCCAGCUGCGACUCGGUCCCCGAGGAGGCCAAACACGGCACGUUCGUGGGCCGCAUCGCGCAGGACCUGGGGCUGCAGCUGGCCGAGCUGGUGCCGCGCCUGUUCCGGGUGGCGUCCAGGGGCGGCGCGGACCUGCUGGAGGUGAAUCUGCAGAAUGGCAUCUUGUUCGUGAAUUCUCGGAUGGACCGUGAGGAGCUGUGCGGGCGCAGCGCGGAGUGCAGCGUGCACCUGGAGGUGCUGGUGGAGCGUCCUCUGCAGGUGUUCCACGUGGAGGUGGAGGUGAGGGACAUCAAUGACAAUGCGCCCGUGUUCCCUGUGGCGGUAAAAAAUCUUUUUAUUUCGGAAUCCCGGCGGCCUGGCUCUCGGUUUUCACUAGAGGGCGCAUCAGAUGCUGACAUCGGAUCAAAUGCGGUGUUGACUUACACUCUGGACUCCAGUGAGUAUUUUACCUUGGACGUGAAAAGCAAUAGUGAGGAAAUUAAAUCCCUGGGGCUCGUGUUAAAAAAGCUCUUAGAUCGGGAGGACACUCCAGAGCAUCACGUGCGAAUAACUGCGACCGAUGGAGGCAAACCAGAGCUCAGUGGUUCCAUUCAGCUGAAGAUCACUGUGCUGGACGUGAACGACAACGCCCCAGCCUUUGAGAGGUCCGUCUACAAAGUCUACUUACCCGAGAACGCCCCGAAUGGCACCCUCGUGGUGGCCGUGAACGCCUCUGAUGCAGAUGAAGGAGUCAAUAAAGACAUUAUGUAUUCAUUCAAUAUGGACACACCAGAAGAUAUAUGGUCGAAAUUCCACAUAAACAUGGAAAGUGGACACAUUAGUGUAAAGGGUCAUGUAGACUUCGAGGAAGGUAAGUCGUAUGAAAUCCAGGUAGAAGCGACAGAUAAAGGAACCCCUCCAAUGGAGGGUCACUGCACGGUUCUGGUAGAGAUUGUGGACUUGAAUGACAACACACCGGAGUUGGUCGUCAAGUCAUUGUCAUUGCCCGUUUUAGAAGACGCUCCAAUUGGGUCGGUCAUCGCCCUCAUCAGCGUGUCCGACCGCGACUCUGGCCCAAACGGACAGGUCACCUGCUCCCUCGAGCCCCACGUGCCCUUCAAGCUGGUGUCCACCUACAAGAACCACUACUCGCUGGUGCUGGACAGCGGCCUGGACCGCGAGAGCGUGUCUGGCUACGACGUGGUGGUGAGAGCGCGCGACGCGGGCUCGCCCCCGCGCUGGGCCAGCGCCAGCGUGCGGGUGGAGGUGGCCGACGUGAACGACAACGCGCCACAGUUCGCGCAGGCCGAGUACACGGUGUUCGUGAAGGAGAACAACGCGCCGGGCUGCCACAUCUUCACGGUGACGGCGCACGACGCGGACGCGCAGGAGAACGCGCGCGUGUCGUACUCGCUGGUGGAGCGUCGCGUGGGCGGGCGCGCGCUGUCGAGCUACGUGUCUGUGCACGGCGAGAGCGGCCGCGUGUACGCGCUGCAGCCGCUGGACCACGAGGAGCUGGAGGUGCUGCGCGUGGAGGUGAGCGCGCGCGACGCGGGCGCGCCGCCGCUGGGCAGCAACGUGACGCUGCAGGUGUUCGUGCUGGACGAGAACGACAACGCGCCCUGGCUGCUGGCGCGCGGCUCGGGCGGGCCUGCGGGGGCGGCGGUGGCUGCGAGCGAGCUGGUGCCGCGGUCGGCGGGCGCGGGCCACGUGGUGACCAAGGUGCGCGCGGUGGACUUGGACGCGGGCUACAACGCGUGGCUGUGGUUCGAGCUGCAGGCGGCGCCUGCGGGCGGCGCGCGCUGCCCGUUCCGCGUGGGCCUGUACACGGGCGAGAUCAGCACGACGCGCGCCCUGGACGAGCUGGACGCUCCGCGGCAGCGGCUGGUGGUGCUGGUGCGGGACCACGGGGAGCCGGCGCUCACGGCCACGGCCACGGUGCUGGUGUCGCUGGUGGACGGCGGUCAGGCGUCGCCGUCGUGGUCGCGGGCAUCGGUGGCGGCUGGCGCCUCGGCCCCGGCCUCGGCGGGCGCGCUGGGUGGUGCGUCGUCGCUGGUGGACGUGAACGUGUACCUGGUGGUGGCGAUCUGCGCGGUGUCGAGCCUGCUGGUGCUGACGCUGUUGGUGUGGGCGGCGGCGCGGUGGUCGUCGGGUGCGGCGUCGGAGGGCGCGUGCGUGUCGGGUCCGGCGGCGGCUGCGGCGGCGGCGCUGGUGUGCUCGAGCGCGGUGGGGAGCUGGUCGUGCUCGCAGCGGAGGCGGCAGCGGGUGUGCUCUGGGGAGGGCCCGCCCAAGGCCGACCUCAUGGCCUUCAGCCCCAGCCUUCCUCAUGGUCCGGUUAGCGAAGAUGUAGUGAAUGUGGCUGUGGACUCUUCCAGUCAAAAACGUGUUAGAUUUGAUUUUGCAAUACUGCAUCCUCACGAGUUGAGUUUCGGUCGUUAA